AUGAACAAAUUAAUAACUAAUAAUGGUCCAUGGCUAGAUACAUGGAAAAGAAUGAGGUUGCUAAAACCAGAGUUUAACUCAAACUGUAAAAACUGUAAUAAUGAUAUACCACAAACAUUAAAACAUAUACUAUUAGACUGCACAGACUUUGAAACAAUAAGAUCUGAUACAAGGAGAAUCAUUACAAACAAACUAUUAUCUUUAUCCAGUACACUCAAAAACUCAUCUCCAAUCAUAGAAACAUUAAGCUGGUUUGAUAAUUACAAUUCCACAAACAUCUCACAAAAUAACAUAUUUAAAAAUAAAUUAUUCACUGAUAAUAAUAUUCUAUCUAGUGCAAUAGGUUAUGUCCCAAAACAUUUGGUUAAAAUGCUAAAGAAUCAUUGUAAAUUUAACGAAAAGGAAAUCAUUGAAUUUACAUCUUUUUGCACAAACCAAAUAUGCAACAGAAACCAAUUAAUACUAACAAAAAUCAUCAACAAAAACAAACCACUCAAUCUAUUAAUAGAAGAACCACAAAACGACACAAACUUAUAA